CUGGUUCCCCAAGAAUCACAGAGCUGGUGGGUAACAAAUCACAGAGCUGGUGGGUAACACCACAGAGCCUUAGCUUUGCCAGGUGGGAAGAGAGGAGGGCAGGAUAAGUGGGCGUGAUGAGUUGAGAAGAGCAAAGGAACAGAAGUUACUUAAAAGUCAUUAACUGAUCUCCCUCGGCAGGAAAUAACUGAACAACACAAAAGUCUAGUCAUGCAAAAUUCAGGGCAUACCGGUAACUCUCCACUGACUUCGGAGAUCAGGUGAUGGCACGACUGGGCCCGAAGAAGGUGAUAUGGGGUUGCCCUGAGAUCCAGAGGAAGUGUGCCAGCUGACACUGGGAGCAGGAGACUGUAGUGAAUGUCCCUGUGCCUCUCCUUCUCCCUUCUGCAAAUGCUGAACCUUUUCCCUGGGCAAGAUAGGAAGGAACCAGAGUCCUGCCUGAGUGGAAUAUUAAUGCUCACAGGCUACAGAAGCAGCAGCUGCCUGUCUUGGGGGGGGCUGCUUGUUGUUUGUUUGCAGUAAUUUGGCCUGGUGUCAGGCAGCCUUUCCUAAUCCCACCCCGUUUAUUAUCCCCUUCUCCUCCCCUCCAAACAGCACCGCUUCUGCCUCCCUAUUGGCUCCUUCCCCUUUCAAUCCAGCCAGCAUUUCCUGGAUGAGACAUGGCUGCAGAGGGAGAGGAGAGAAAGACACCAGCAGCAGCCAGGACAGCCUCAGCCCCAGCCUGCGGCGCUGAGUCCCUUUGGGGCAGCUGGCACUCCAGCCUGGAGACUGUAGGGACGCUGCACAGUGAAAUAUCACAAAUCAUACUAUAAUGGAGGCCACCAGACAAACGAGAAUUUCGCGACCGCACAAGAUUAGUGAAUCUUCCAAGGUGUACAAAUGGGCUGACCACUCCAGUCUAGUCCUUCAGAGUCUGAAUGAGCAGAGACACCAGGGACUUUUCUGCGAUAUUAUUCUUGUGGUGGACGAACAGAGAGUCCCUGCUCACCGGAAUCUCCUGGCUGUUUGCAGUGACUACUUCAAAUCCAUGUUCACCAUCGGAAUGCGAGAGGCCUACCAAAAAGAGGUUGAACUCUUUGGAGCCUCUUACAUUGGUCUCAAAGCUGUGGUGGAUUUCCUGUAUGGCAGUGAACUCUCCUUAGAUGGUGGCAACAUUGAUUACGUGUUGGAAACCGCUCACCUGCUGCAGAUCUGGAAAGUGGUUGACUUCUGUUGUGAGUAUCUUGAAAAUGAGGUCAGCGAGGAGAACUACCUGUACCUUCAGGAGCUGGCCUCUAUUUACAACCUGAAGCGCCUGGACUCCUACAUCGACUCUUUCAUCCUGCAGAAUUUUGGCACGCUCUCUUUCACGCCGAACUUCCUCCAGAACAUUUCCAUCCAAAAACUCUGCCAGUACUUGUGGUUGACUUCUAACAUUUCCAUCCAAAAACUCUGCCAGUACUUGGGGAACUUACUGCAGGCUGCCUUGCAGUGGCUGACGCAGUACCCAGAAAGGGAAACUGAGGCUUACCAGGUACUGGAUAACAUUCACUUUCCCUUGAUACCGAAGAGCGACCUCCUCCACCGCGUCAAGCCUGCGGUGUGCUCUCUUCUCCCAAAGGAAGCAAACUGUGAGGGGUUUAUAGAAGAAGCGGUGAACUAUCAUAACAACAUCACAGCCCAGCCGAUACUCCAGAACAAGCGGACAGCACUGCGCACAAACGAAGAGAGACUCCUCUUUGUGGGUGGGGAGGUUUCGGAACGGUGCCUGGAGCUAAGUGAUGAUACCUGCUUCCUGGACACCAAAAAGGGACAGUGGGUAACAGAAACACCGCUCCCGGCCAGGCGAAGCCACCACUGUGUCGCAGUGCUAGGAGGUUUCAUCUUCAUAGCUGGCGGCAGCUUUUCAAGAGACAAUGGAGGGGAUGCAGCAUCGAAUCUUCUAUAUAGGUAUGAUCCCCGCUGUAACCAGUGGAUAAAGGUUGCCUCCAUGAGACAACGCCGAGUAGAUUUCUACCUUGCAGCCAUUACAGAUAUGCUGGUAGCUGUUGGUGGAAGGAAUGAAAAUGGGGCUCUUUCUUCAGCUGAGACAUAUAGCCCUCAAAAAGACUCAUGGUCUUACAUAGCAGGCUUGCCAAGGUUUACCUACGGGCAUGCUGGCACUGUCUACAAGGAAUUUGUUUAUAUCUCUGGGGGCCAUGAUUACCAGAUUGGUCCCUAUAGAAAAAAUCUCCUCUGCUAUGAUUACCGCACAGAUGUCUGGGAGGAAAAGAGGCCGAUGAUCACUGCUCGGGGGUGGCACAGCAUGUGUACCUUAGAAGACAAUAUCUACUCCAUUGGCGGCAGUGAUGACAACAUAGAAACGAUGGCACGCUUUGACAUUCUGAGCGUGGAGUCUUACAGCCCUCAGUGUAACCAGUGGACCCGAGUCUCUUCCCUGCUGCAAGCCAACAGCGAGUCUGGAGUGGCAGUCUGGGAAGGCAAGAUUUAUAUUCUUGGGGGCUAUAGCUGGGAAGACACCAUCUUCUCCAAAACUGUCCAGGUGUACGACAAGGAGAAAAACAAGUGGUAUAGAGGAACUGACCUCCCCAAAGCAAUCGCGGGCGUGUCUGCGUGCGUCUGUGCGUUGAAACCCCAAAAGGAGGACAAAAAGAAAAAGACAAAAAUGAAGAAGCACCAGGAUCGAGGCAGAUGACGCAGCUUGGAUAACCCACAAUUGUGGCCGGAAUCCAAAGGAAGCUUGUAGCUAAUCAUCUCUUUCUAAUCUUUUUAUUUUUUACGGGAAAAAAGAUACCAGUUUCUGAAACCUUCAAGAACAUGUGGUUGAACAUCUUCGGGUGAGGGUCUUGUGAUGGUAACUACUACUGCAGAAUGGGGGUGAGGUUGCAAAGGGUGCUGUGCUAUCCAUCGGGUACAUUUAAGACGCAGUCUGUUACUUCUGUGGUUCUUGGCUCUCACACCCUUGUAAUAAAGGUACACAUUUUCAAAACACUGAAAAAUUGGACUUAGAAAAUGAAAUAACGGGGAAGGAAAAUUGGACCAAACAUCGGUUUGAAGUUGCAAAGAGAGCUCGAGAAGCAGUUGCAAUUGAAAACUGAUAUGGAUCUUGUUGUAAAUCCUGAUUUUUUUUUUUCAUUAAAUGUACUUUACAGUGCAAUCUAGAGUGGUGAGUAUCCGAUUUCUGGUAUGCAUGAGAAACCAUUUAAAGGACACGUGUUCAAGGCAUCUUGGUAUGCAAAUGACACUUUUGUACUCUUACGUUUCAGAGGAUAUUAUUAAGUGACCAAAGUGCGAUGUGCUCUGGUCCAGGCAUGUAACGGAUCUGGGCUCAGCUUGUAAGCUCCACUGCUCUUUCCACGGUGCAAUGGUCUACAACAAGGGUGAGCAAUAAGCAGCCCAAAAGCUGGAUGCGGUGUGCCAGGGAUAGCCCCUGGCAGCCUGCCAGACAUUUAUUUACCACAGGUAAAGCUGCUUACAGCUCCCAUUAGCCAGGAAUGGCGAACCACAGCCAACGUGAGCUGCAGAUGGUCAGAACUGCAGAUGCACAGGUAAAUGAAACAUCUGGCAGGCCACCUGAGACUAACCUGGUGAACCACGUCCAGUCCAUGAGCUGCUUAUUGCCCACCCCUGGUCUACAAAAUCCAGGAAAAGUGAUGUAACCUUGACAUCCCUUGUUAAUGACUAGAACUGUGCAAAACUUUCAUAACAAAAUCCAACACCACGUUUGGUUUGGUUGACGUCUCCUAGUUCAGGACCAGGUUUUGUUCCUUCCUUUGAACCUGGUGAGACACGUAGACUUCACUGUGAGGUAGGUCGGGGGAAGGGUAGAUGUUUGAAAUCAAAAGCUCGAAAUGAACAUAAGGCAAAGAGCAAACCAUCCAUGGGAUGGGGGAGAGUGUGUGUGUGGGGGGGGGGGGGAGUUUGCAGGAGCUAGGAAUGGCUGAAUUUAGCAUGGUUCUAGCAAUGAUGACAUUUCCCAGCCAAUGCAAGGAUCCCAAAAAACACUCCUUGGUCAGUAUAUGCAUCUGACGAAGUGGGUCUUUGCCCACGAAAGCUUAUGCUCCUACACUUCAGUUAGUCUAUAAGGUGCCACAGGACUCCUCACUGCUUUUGCAGAUUCAGACUAACACGGCUACCCCUCUGAUCCUUGGUCAGGUGGCUGCAAAACUGUUGUGCUUGCAAGGAUGGACUUGAUAUAGGGGAAAGA